CAACCGGCCGCUCCUCCUCCUCCUCCUGGCCGCGACCCACGCCCAAACUCGCACCACCUUCGCGAGCGCGAGAGCGAGAGCGAGAGCGGGCGAGUGGUGGUGGUGGAGGCGCGCCGGCUCUGCUGCUCCCGGACGGCGGAGCGGAGGGGAGGAGGGGAGGAGAGGAGGGCGAGAGGGGAGGGAGGAUUGGAGGGACAGGAGGUGGGGUUGCGGCGUCCGCCGGGUCGGCACGACGGCGGCGGUGGCGGAGGAUAACGGAGGGGGAGGGGGGGACCCCGGGGCGGGGGCGGGGGCGGCGAGGCGGCGGUGGGAUCUGCCCGGCAAGGCGGCCGGCAGCAGUCCAAGUGGCAAAGAGGUUGUAGAAAUGUCCACGGAUGACGAAUCGGAUUGUGUGGUUAUAUGUCCCCCAAAUGGAAAAGCUGAUCAUACAGAAGUUAUGAGUGGCAGGCAUGAUGAAGAUUCUCCAGAAGGGCAAGAAACUACUACUGACAUAGACUCACAUAUGAAUGGGAAUGCCCAAGAUGGAGUUCCUGCAAAUCAAUAUAUGCUAGAGCUGAUUGAUCAGCAGAAAUCUUCUCUUGGUAUAGCUGAACAGGAGUCAAACCAUACAAUUCCUCAGCCAUUUGUUCCUGCAACUGAAAGGGGGGAUUCUGGACAAGUAUAUUGUACUCCAGCGGCUCAUUCCGCCAGCAACGGAGAGAAACAUUCUGAUAAAAGUAGCACCUCGCUGGCAAGUAUGGCGAAGAAGAGUCCAUCAGUGACACCCAGGAAGCCAAUGCAACCUGACAGUACUUCCCAUAGUCACGAAGAUGAUUCAUAUUCUGUUACUUCUUCAACUGUAACUUCAGCAAGGACUGGAAAAACUAAGAAGACAACAGUUCCUGUUGCACCUACUUUUAUAUGUGGUAAUCGCCUUGAGAAGAGGGGCGAGUUUUACACAAAAUUGGAAGAGAAGCGUAAAGCUUUGGAAGAGGAGAAACUAGAAGCUGAGGCCAGGAAAAAGGAAGAGCAAGAAGAAACUCUGAAACAACUAAGGAAGAACCUGGUCAUUAGAGCAAAACCCAUGCCGAGCUUCUACCAAGAGGGUCCCCCACCAAAGGUUGAACUUAAGAAGGUGCCUCCAACUCGUGCCAAAUCACCAAAACUGACACGGAGAAAGAGCUGCAGCGAUACCCCUCAUACACCAGAGGGAAAAAAUGGAAGUGCAGUAUGUUGCCGGUUGCAUCGUCACAGUAUUGGGAACUCCAAAGAAGUUAACAGCAGGACUCAUUGUUCUCCAAAGAGCGCUCCAAAGACUGGAGUAGCUACAAAACCGAGAUCGACCAAGGGCGUUAUGAAGAAUGUGGGACAGCCAGGUGCUGCCAAUGUUGCUGUACAAAUCUAACUCAUGGUCCAUUCCCAUUCCCAUGCCAUUUUUCGAUUUAAUUUAUACCUCACAUCGCCGAUGACGGCACCAUGUCCCGACAACAGUGUGUUUGUUGCUGGAUUUUUUUUUUUUUUUUUGCAUUCUCCUUGUAAGAACCUCUUGGUACAGACACCUUGUGGUAUUCCGUGUUGUAAAUUUGUCGAGGUUUUGUAAGGGGUAACCGAGUAAGUGCUGUAAGAAGUAAUCUGGCAGCCGAUAGGCUGUUGGAGUGACAUUGUUGUUGAUGUAUGGCGGCGUUCGCGGAUCCUAUGGUAUUGUAUUUAAGCAGCAACAUGUUAUGGCCAAAGGGGCUUCUAUUGUC